AUGCGCAAAGAUGGCUGCCCAGUCACAUCUCAAAUUCCGGAGUUCGAAGCCCAUGAAGUGGCCGCUGACGAAAGAGCGAGUCCUGCGCCGGUUCAUGACGGUACCUCCCACCACAAACACAUUCAACAAGAGAACGACUCGAUUCGUCGCGGAUUUGGUUUCGUUUGUGAAUGGAGAUGUUUGCUCUGCAAGCUCUUCACGCAGCCAUAA